AUGGUCUACGAUUGCACGGCGCGGGAGUGGCAGGAGCCGACGGCGCUGGAAAGGGAACUUGCCAUGGGGUUCAUGGAAGACGCGACAGCACAUCCGGAAGUGACGGAGGAGGAAAGGAGGAAGGCGCUGGGAAGAGCUAUGGAUCUCAAUGUGAUGCACUGGUUGGUGGCGACCAUCCGGAUGUACCACUCGCAGCUGCGCUGGGAGCGGAAACGGGAUAAGGCAGCGGCGGUGCAACCACCGACAGAGAGAUCAGCAGCGAAGGAGGCACUGGCGCGGGCCAUGCUGGGGGAAAUGCAGGAGCACGAGGAGUUGCAGCAUGAUAGGGGGCAUCCGAUAGAGAGGAGGUGGGUAUACCCCUGGGAAGAGGAGGACGAGAGACCGGCGGUCUAUGCAGAACAGACAGACAUCUGGCUCCCAGGAGAACGAGAGGAGGAAGCAGUGGACAAGAAGCGUGAGGAUUUUAGCUGGCUGGAAGAGGCCAUUGAAAGGCAGAGAAUCAGGGAAAGCUACGAAUGGGAAUUUGGGUCUCGAGACUUUGCACUCAUGGCGGCAACAAAGGAGGAGGAGCAGGCACGAGGGGAAACGCAGGAAACGGGGGAGUCAUGA